AUGGAGUCCAAGAACCAAACCAUCAUCACAGAAUUCAUUCUACUUGGAUUUACUAUGAACAUGAAGAUAAAUAUUGGGCUUUUCAUCUUAUUUUUAGUCAUCUACAUAGUGACCACUGUUGGAAACUGCCUUAUAAUCCUUAUGGUCAUCAUCAACCCCAAGUUGCACAAACCCAUGUACUUUUUCCUUUGCAUGCUAUCCAUUCUUGACUUGUGUUAUUCUUCUACUGUUUUGCCAAGGUUAUUAACAGAUCUCUUCUCCAGUGAGAGGACAAUUUCGAGACUUGCUUGUUGCAUUCAAAUUUACGUCAUCCUCCAAGUAGAAGGGUCUGAGUGUCAGCUCCUUGCAGUGAUGGCUUACGACCGGUACAUCGCCAUAUGCCGACCUCUCCACUACUCUAUUAUUAUGCGAUGGAGCAUUUGUUAUAGACUGACCUCACUAGUAUUAUUCUCAAGCUUUAUGCUUUGUAUUUUCCCAUCACUUUUCUCACCACUUAUAAUAUGCUACAACCAGAUUAACCAUUUCAUGUGUGAGAUGCUGGCUAUCAUCAAACUAUCAUGUGAGAGCAUCUCUUCCCAUGAAAAUCUGGUAUUUUUCAUCAGUUUUAUCACUCUCCUCAUUCCUCUUAUGCUUAUCUUACUAUCUUAUGGCUUUAUCAUCUCCUCUGUACUGAAGAUUCGCUCUGCUGGAAGGUCUAAAGCUUUCUCCACCUGUACGUCCCAUCUAGCUGUGGUGGCUUUGUACUUUGGUACGGUUAUGCUGAUGUAUUUUGGUCCUUCAUCCAUGUACUCCACAGAUCAGGAGAAAUAUAGCUCUAUAUUUUAUGUUAUUGUAUCCCCAAUGUUGAACCCUUUAAUCUACAGUCUCAAUAACAGGGACGUUAAGGAAUCUUUCAAAAAGUUCUUGAUGAACUUGACACAACAGGGCUUAACCUUGGAAUAA